AUGUUGGGACUUGGCACCGACUUCUUUGGGAAACGUCGCCAGGUGGUGCGGGCUCUCUGCGCCCUGCCUGGGGCUUUGGUGGCGGCGGGCACCAACGACGGCUGCGUGCGGCUCUGGGACGCGAGUUCUGGGCAACUGGCCGCAGAGCGCCAGGUGGCGCAGUCCUACAUCCUCUCCCUGGCCCGGGACCCGGACACCGGGCACCUGGCCGCCGGCACCUCCGAGGGGCAAGUGGUGAUCCUCGAACACGCAGGCUCCGAGCUGAAGGUCCUGGAGGAGCUUCAGCUCUGCGGGGAGGUCUACGGCCUAUCCUUCCUCAGCUCCGGAGACCUCGCCUGCGCCUGCGGCGAUGGCAGCUGCUGUGUUUUCACCCGCGCCAUAGCACGUGCUGCGCCCAAGGCGCUCCGCGAGGACUUCGCCUCCCGGGCCCAGGCGCUGGCGGCUGCCCGCGCGCCGGCGCCGGCGCUUGCUGCCGGAGCGGCCCCGGGCUACGCGGGAGGCUUCGACUUCAGCUUCCCCGUGGACUUCGGGGCCCAGAAGCUGACGCUCUCCUGGAACCGCCACGAGGAGCCGAAGGCCGUGGCGGAGCGGUUCCUGAGGGAGAACAACCUGGACCCCCGGCAUUCUGGCGACGUGGUCGCCUUCGUCAUGCAAUCCAUGGCCACACAGGGCGCUGGCGCCGGCGGAAUCGGCGGAGCGGGGAAGGAGUUCAACUUCCCGGUGGAGGUGAUGGAUGGCCGGCGGCUCACCAUCUCCUGGAAUCGCGGGGAGAACCCGCAGGAGGUGGCGCUGAACUUUGCGCGGCAGCACGGGGGCAUCAGCGCGGCAGAGCUGCCGGACAUCGUGAGCUUCAUCCAGCAGGCGAGCGGAGGACCGGUUCAGAUGCAGCAGGCCGCCCCAAGCCCGGUGAUACCUCCAGCCAUGCAGCAGGAAUUGCUGCAGCAGGUGAUGGCCAUGGGUUUCCCCGAGCAAUCGGCGCGGCAAGCGCUCGAGUCCUCGGCCUGGGACGCGCAGCUGGCGGUGGCCAAACUGCUGGGCUGAG